CGCCUUUAUAUCAAUCGUCCAUCAUCGGCCGUUACGACCAACCACCGCACCUUUGACAUCUGCUUUCCAACUUCUUCGCCAUCUACCCUACAAUUAUUGAUCCGAUCUUUUUAGGCUGAUCAGAACAAAGGGCGGCCGAUCUCUCGGAUCACAGUUUACACCAAUCGAUUCGAAUUGUUUGCAUUAGGGAAAUUCACGCCGAAAUGCCAGAAAUAGUUUACGUGGAAUCCAUUUCGGAUGAUGGAUCUUCGGUUGAAUCUAGUUCGGAGGACGGACGGAAUGCAAAAGUUAUUGUUUCAACUCGAGAAGUUAAGAAAACCAAAGAGUCCAAUCAAUUGAUACUCGCAACCUUUGCCGACAAGGAAAAAGCAACGUUAGAAGAAAUCGAAGCGUUAAAGAAAUGUAACGAUUAUUGGAAAGAGAUUGCACACACCCGAUUAAAGAAUAUAGAAACCAUGAAUGUCGCAUUAAAUUCACAAGCCAAAAGGAUCCAUGAAUUAGAAACGUCUAUUCUGAUGCUAAAGCGGAAGAACUUCGAGCAAAGAAAGCACGAUUUGAUACUUGUAAACCUCAACUUGAUUCAACAUCAACUCAAUAUGGGAUCGUCGUCCACGGCAUACCGACUACUAUGAACUUAUGCUCGAAAGAAGAAAUCCAAUUCUUUCAAGACGAAAAUUUCGGAUUAUUAAAAUCAUUGCAAUCAAUCAAAUGGAUCAAUGCCAAGAGUUUACAUGGCGGAAAAGUUAACUCUUCAAUCGUGAUUUUCCUAAGUAACUCGGAUGAUUUUGAGGUGUUAUUACAACGGAAACACCUUUUAUAUGGCGCUCAGUUCAAGCCGGUCAAGAAAUUUGUGGCUAAUUUUGAAGGUGGAAAACCUAGAUGUUUCAAAUGUGAAGGUGUUGGACAUUUCGCUAGGGAUUGUGGUCAACCAGAAGACGAUGAGGAUGAGGAUGAGGAUGACUACGAGGAUGACUACGAGGAUGAUUACGAGGAUGAUUACGAGGAUGACUAUGAGGAUGACUACGAGGAUGACUACGAGGAUGACUAUGAGGAUGACUAUGAGGAUGACGAGGAUGACUAUGAGGAUGACGAGGAUGACGAGGAGGAAUAUUGGCGCAAUGGUGGAUACCCGCCUGAAGACGGUUACUAUUAUUGAUUUAUGGAAAAACGAUCAACGGGCAAGAUAAGCGAGUGGAUAAUUAUCAUUCUUCAUUUUGGAUCUGCAAUUUACCUGCACUAUUUGGUACAACAUACAACAUCGUAAAUUGUAUACCACCGGUGUUUUAUGAGGUUUCCCGGGACCUUUUUGCUAGUAGUAUAUUGAUCGGGUUUGACUCUUUUUGAAAGUCCUUUUGUCCCCAUUUGUUUCAAUGAAAAUGAUUAAGUGUAAAGAAUGAGAAAUCCCAAAGAAUGAAGUUAUCUUGGUCAUUUCCAAAUUUAUAUUCAACAGUUUCAUUUCUUAAUCAUUGGAUACGUAGUUUGUUUUCUUUUUUCUCGAAUGAAGGUAUCGUUUCGUCAAGUGAGACAUCAUCAGUGCC